GCACAGAUCGCUUGUCCGCCUUGCACUGCACCGCACCGCAACGCACGCGCGCCGAGUGAUCUCGAUAUCUACUCACAUACAUGCAAUGCAUACUCUCAUCCUCAUCCUCAUCCCCACCGCCUCGGAGUCGCUCGGUCGACACCCAAACACCCAAACACCCAAGAUGAACGGCAUCUUCCCUCCCUCCCUCCCCCCACCAUGGCGCACACCCCAACGCACCUCCGUUUCCCCAAAUCCCAAGCCUCAAGUUCCGCCCCCCUUCUCGCCCCCGCCGGCCGUUGGGCCCAGAGCCCAGACCAGACCGGGCAAGCAGUCCAGUCAUGGACGGACGGCCGGUAGGUCGGGACGGUCGGGUGGAUCUUGCAGUUUGCAGUUCGAAUCUUACAGUUGGAAUCUUACAUAUUGCAUGCUCCCCGGGCCAGGGUCAGGGCGAGGGCGAGGGACAGGGCAAGGGAAAGGGCCGGGGAGAAACGAGACUCAUGCAUACGGUAGAUAUGGGAGGUAUGGGAGGUAUGGGAGGUACAUAGCUGUAGAUAGCUGUUCCAUCAUGUCACUGCACAGCACAGCACAUCAUAUAACAUCACCAAAUCACAUCAUUGAGGUGGGUGGGUGUGAGGUAGGUAGGGUAGGUAGGUGGAGUAUGUUGAGUAUAGUAGGUAGGGUAGGUAAUCGGCCACGCGGGAUUUACUCUACAUACUCUACACACAUACACGAUACAGCUCGUCGCGGUGUUGGAUGUUGACAGUUGGAUAUUGGGGAUGUAGGUGGGUAGAUGCCCGCGGACUCGGCCAGCUGGCCGCCUCACACCCCUCCAUCCCCCUCCCCCCCACCACACCCCUUC